UGAUUCCUGCACGGUUUGUGCUCACACUCUUGGGCUUCUUCGGUUACAUCAAUCUCUAUGCCAUGAAAGUAAACCUCAGCGUGGCAAUGGUAGCCAUGGUAGGCAAGGCUCACCCGAACAAUGGAUCCAAUGAAACAGUUAUAACAUGUCCUGAGUUGAUAAUACCAAAAGAUUUAACCAAUGAAAAUGAUAUCGAGACAAUUGGAGAAUUUAACUGGGAUUCAAGUAUUCAAGGACAAGUA